CUGUGUAACCCCGCCCCCUAAUUGCACCUGGGCUCCUCCCCCCGCACCUGUCGGCUCAGGUGGAGCGGCUCCCCGCAGUCCCGGUGAGUCCCUGAGCGGCAGCGGCGGGGGGUCAUGGCGGAGUCCCAGUUGGUGUGUUUGGACCCGGAUCACGUCAACGAGAAGGUCCCGGAGAACCAGCCGGAGUUCUACUACAGCGAGGAGCAGCGCGCGGCGCUGGAGCAGCUGCUGCGCGGCGGCGCCGGAGCCUUCCGCGAGCGCCUCCGCGAGGACCACAUGCGCGACUUCCUGUGCGCGCGCGAGCUCAAAGCCAUCCGCAAGACCUUCCGCGAGUACGAGCCGGACAGCGAGUCCGAGCCCGAGCCGGACAAGCCCCGCGAGGCGGCCAGCGCCGACUCCGGCGUCCACUCCACCUACUGGCCGCAGAUGUCCGACACCGAGGUGCCGUGUCUGGACCUGGGCUGGCCGGGCAGCAGCGGGGUGUACAAGGGGGUGACGCGCGUGGCCGUGUACACGCACCCGCCCAAAGCGCCCGGGCCGCACAUCAAGGAGGUGGUGAGGAGGCUCAUCCAGGAGUCCCACAAGGUGGUUGCCAUCGUCAUGGAUCUCCUGACGGACCUGCAGAUCCUCCAGGACCUGCUGGACGCCUCGUCGCGCCGCUCCGUGGCGGUCUACAUCGUGCUGGAGGCCAAAGGAGUCGUCAACUUCCUGGAUAUGUGCUCCCGGCUGCAGAUCAACGCCAUGCACCUGCGGAAUCUGCGAGCGCGGACGCUGAGAGGGGCGGGGCUGGCGCUGUCCUUUGGGAGGCUGCCUGGCAGCUUGUGCUCAAAGUACAUGCUGGUGGAUGGAGAGAAGGUCAUGUUUGGAUCCUACAGCUUCACCUGGAGUUCCUCCCGGAUGGACCGGAACACCAUCACCGUGAUGUCGGGACAGAUUGUGGAUUUCUUCGACUGUGACUUCAGAGAACUGUACGCCGUGUCGGAGCAGGUGGACCUCUACAAGGAGUUCAGCAUCACCAAGCCGCCUCUUCCUACACCCAUCCUGAAGCCCAAGGUGGAGCACAUCCAGCCUCUGCCGGUCUCCACGUCUCGCUUCCAGGUGUCGGUGGGGGACUCGUCCAGACAAAUUAACCUGAAGGUGCCGGCGCACAAGUACCACAAUCCCAAAUACUCUCUGGUUUUUGGAAAUAGUCUGGGACUGACGGGCUCUCUGCAAGACCUGUCCACUCAGAGGGACUUGGACGUCGAUCGGGUGAACCAGGUGAACGGCCUGCAGAGCGCUUUCCAAGCUAACCAGGACAGUAAGGAGAAGGUGGAGCCGGUCUCUCCGCCGAGUCCCGCGUCACCCGCCGAGGAAGACGAGGACGGAAAAGGAAACCACAAGAAGACCCAACUCCCCGGAGCGAAGAAGCCUCGCAGCUCUUUCAGGCACUUCCUUAAAAACAGAGGAGCCAAUCAGAGUUCAGAGACGAUCGAGGAGGGCGUUGCCACCCCUCAAAGCCCCGUGCACGCCAACAAAACGCCGGAGGGGAAAGGAGUCGAAGAGCUGGAGGACUCGUUUGAGAUGAUCGAGAAGCCAGAAGGUCUGAAGUUCAAAAGCAAGAAGCCAUCAAAGCUCGUUCAGAGGAGCAUGUCUCUGCAGACCAUCAACACGGCAGACGAAGACGGGUUCAAAGGGCGACGGCGGCACCAGAAGAAGAACUGCAUCCAGUCAUGAGACGAGAACCAUAAUCCUAUCCGUCUGAGUCACAGGACCGUCAGUGUAACCAGAUGACAGAGCCAGCUUUGUUUGUGAACUCCAUCAGACCCGAACAUCUGCAGAGAUACCGCCAUUCCUCCACGUUUUCUACGUUUCGUAUUAAAUUAUUGGAUUUUAAGUA